AUGACUGACUAUACAACCUCCUCAAAUGAUUCAUCGGAUUCGGAAAACAUUAAGACGACCCAGGCAAAUCCAAAGGACUUGAGAAGCCGACCUGGCAAUAGCCAGGUGACGGUUAGGAGAGAGGGACUCAGGAGCGCAAGGCUCCUAGAGAAGAGGAAGGCGGAAGAGACCGACAACAGCGAUAGGUCCCGAUCGCCCAUCAAGGUCGACGACUCAACGCCGUUCGCCACCUCUAAGGAAGAAGACUCCGAUGAUGGUGAGAAAGUCACCAGAAAAAAGGAAGGGAAGUGGGAAAUCCCCAGAGAUGACGAAGGAAAUACAGACGAAGAACGUCUGAUAGAGAAGGCAACCAGAGGUAGGGGCAGGCCCGAGACAACUGGGGGAUACCGAUCGAAGAAGGAAUUUAUGGCAAGGAAACUUGCCAUAAUGGAGCAGAAGAGAGAGGAAGCUCUCUUGAAAGGGUUGGAAAAUCCCACGGAGGAGUUCCUAGACUGUACCGCCAACAGGAAGUACAAGGCGGAAAUUAGAAGGAUGACGGAACACCUGGAGGAGGCACCCUUCCGCGAUAUAGCAGCGACGAUACUCGAAGCGUCCGCUAAAGUCCUCGGCUUUUCACAAAAAUCGAAAAGCCUCAAAGGAACCCACGUAAAGGUCCUCAGGGAUGCAGCUGCAGCGAUAACAGCAGGAGCAAACGUCCUGUCCAUGCAAAUGGCGCAGGACAAAUGCGGAAACAAUCUCGACCUGAUAGAGGAACUGAGGACGGAGAACGUAGGUCUGAAGACGUCGCUGAGGGAGGUUAAGAAAGAAUUAGAGGAGGUAAAACAAAUGCUUCAAGGUAUAAGGGAGGCACCGCUGCAGGUAGCGGUAUCCUCCCCGCCCUCGAAACAACCGGGAAGUACGGGUCGGGGUAUAAAGGAGGCACCGCAACAAAUGGCGGGUGCUUCCUCGCCCCUGAUCCGCACAGAAGGGAUAGGAAGGGCGAUCACGCCACCUAUGGUCGAUAUGGAGGAGGAGGAGGAAGUCCUGACUGGAGUCAUUGAGAUUCAAAAGGGACUGAUUCCAACGGUGAAGAGAAACCCGGUGAGGGAAGCCAGGGUCGCGAAUAGACUAGCAGGUCCCAAGAUCAGGGAAAUUGUCCCCCUGAAAACCAAAGUUAGGGUGGAAAAGAGGGUGGAAUUAGUAAAAGGAGAAGAGAAGGGACUGGGAGAGGAGGUGUCGAGAAUAGUGUUCCAGGCCCUGAACGAGUGGAAGGCACAGGAGGCUCCCAAACAGGGGGCCUGGAAAAACAAAGGAAAAGGAGAGGUGAAAGAAACCAGGGAUCAAGGAAGGGCACAAAACAAGGAAAACUAUAAUAGAGAGUAUCCUCAGCUUCCACCUACGAGAAAGGGACAACAAACACAACAUAGCAGGGAGGAGGCACCUAAACCACAGGAAAUGUGGACGAAAGUGAAAGAAAGGAAAAAGAAUAAGAGGAGAGUCCCCAAUACGGCGACGGUGACAAUCACUGCCGAAAAAGGACAUUAUAAGGACUUGCUAGCAGAGGCAAAAAGGAAGAUAGAUCUAGAUGGGAUUGGUAUCGAUAAGAUAAAGACAAGAGUAGGGGCCACCGGAGCACUCGUGAUUGAGAUACCAGGCGAAGAAAGGAGCAAGCAGGCGGAUCUACUGGCGGAUGAACUGAAAGAGGUCUUGACAGAUAGGGCACGAGUAGGCAGGCCGCAGAAAAUGGGGGAACUCAGAUUGAAAGGGCUGGAGAUAUCCACUACGGAGAGCGAGGCGGCGGAGGCAGUGGCUAAGGCAGGGGGUUGUAAAGUAGGAGAGGUGAAGACCGGGAGUUUGAGAAUAGCCUAUAAUAAUUACCGGACACUGUGGAUACAGUGCCCCCUCGCGGCGGCCAAGAGGGUUGCAGAGAUAGGCAGUGUUAGGAUUGGAUGGACGCAGACAAAGGCAGAGCUACUGCAGGCAAGGGCCCUGCAAUGUUACAGGUGCCUAGAAAAAGGGCACGUGCAAACAAACUGCAAGAGUAGCAAGGACAGGCGCGAAAAUUGUUAUAGAUGCGGAGAACCCGGUCACUUGGCUCGGGAGUACUGUACUAUGGAUGAUAUAUCCAAAGACAUUUUAGAAGAACUAGCUCGCAUCAAGGAGGAAAGGGAAGUAUCAUUUAAAGAAGAACGUUUAUCCGUUUUCGUCAAUUUCAUUCUGAAGAAGGAGCAUUCACAUAAAUAUGUGGACCAAAACCAGAAAAAAUUCGGAGAUCAAAAUCUCGAAGACGUGGAUAAGAAGAAGAAUCUAAAAUUUUUAAAAACUCGGCCUCUUUUUCUAAUCGGGAUUUCAAAGAAAUGUCGCAUUGCAAAUCGCACAAUUCUUCCUGAAGAAAUAGACUUUGUUCCUCGAUUUGCGCGAUAA